AUGGCACUACAACAGAUCAAGUCCACCAGGCUUGCUGCAGUGAUUCCCAGGCAGAAAGAUACAGGAGAUUCAGACAAAGCACCAAAUUCUGAGAGAAGUCUAAAAUCUCGUGCUAUUCUUGCCAGGCCUGUGAAUGGAAUAGUUCCAGAGCAGGCUUUGCAUGACAAACAGGGUGUUCGACCUGCAGCAGAUGUCGAGAAAACUGCACUGCCUGUGAACAGUAGUAGUUCGCCCUGGGGAAUAUCAUCAAUUUUUGGCAGCUAUGAUAAUCGCUCAUCUGUUAAAGAGAAUUCGACUAGCAAGCCAUUUAGUGAACCUGUUCAGAGCGUGGAGCAUAGCGUUUCGGUCAUUCACCUGAGAGAGCCCCCUGCUGUCUUGAGGCCUUUAGAAACUCAUUCAGACGAUGCUAUUGAGAUUGCUAUUACGAAGCUCUUAUUACGCUGGUGCCAAUAUGCCCAGGUUUUUUCUCACUUCCUUUAUUGGGGAAAAACCGGGUCCAGGGUUUUGAAUGAUUUUGCUUGGCAUAGGAUUUAA